GUUGUUUUACUUUACUGCUUGUUGGUUGAUUUGAUUAGUUCCUAUCUCGAUUACACUAGUAGGGGAGGAAGAUUAAUCGCUGCGUUAUUAUUUGGUUGAGUACAUCCCCUCCCCCCAACACCAGUGCCCUGAUGGGGAUCAUGCAUUUUCCUCAGCUCGAGGAAAAGGGUUUAAAGCCAUCAAACGACAAUUUAGAAACAACAAUUGAUUGGAUUCCUUGCAUGAAGAACAUGAGGCUGUGAGAUAUGCCCAGAUUCCCUGGAACCACGGAUCGAGACCAUGUCAUUUUCGAUUUCGUGAAGGAUGCAAUUGCAAGAUUUGAUAAGGCUGCUGCGACGAUCAUCCACACUUUUGAAGCACUUGAGCAAGAUGUUUUGAAUGCUCUCUCGUCUAUGUCCUCCAGGCCUACUUAUGCAAUCGGUCCAUUUCAGUUACUCAUCGAUCGAAUUCCUGGAAAUGAGAACCAUCUUAAGCACAUUGGGAGCAACCUAUGGAAAGAAGAUAUGGAGUGUCUUCAGUGGCUCAAUUCGCAGAAAUCCGAAUCAGUGGUCUACAUUAAUUUUGGAAGCGUAGCGCUUUUGACAUCUCAACAGCUGGUUGAGUUUGCCAUGGGGAUUGCUAACAGCGGAUAUCCUUUCCUAUGGAUAAUUAGGCCAGAUCUAGUGAACGGGGACUCGGCAAUACUACCUCCAGAAUUCAAUGAAGAAACAAGGGCAAGAGCCUUUAUUACUGCAUGGUGUCCACAAGAAGAAGUACUCAAUCACCCUUCGGUCGGAGGGUUUUUGACUCACUGCGGGUGGAACUCAAUGAUAGAGAGCAUGUCUGCCGGAGUCCCAAUGAUGUGUUGGCCCUACUUCGCCGACCAACAAACAAACUGUAAGUAUGCUUGUAAAGACUGGGAGGUUGGACUAGAGAUCGACAGCGAUGUGAAGCGAGAAGAAGUGGAGAGGCUCAUGAUGGAAUUGAUGGAAGGAGAGAAGAGAAAGAGAAUGAAGGAAAGGGCCGAGGACUGGAAGCAACUAGCAUUCGAGGCAACGAGUGAACACGGUUCGUCGUCUACAAAUUUGGACAAACUAGUAGGUGAGAUUAUAGCUAAAUAGAUCAUAAUCAUCUUAUGUUAUCAAUUGAAAAUCAAUAUCUCUGCCCUUCAAAAUAUUCACAAUAUUUAUAAUAUCUUAUGACUUCGUUUUCUUUUUCUUCAUGUCAUAUAUUACUCCUACGCGUGUCUUGGGACCACAACGAUGUAAGUUCCAGUGUAAGCAUGGAUUGAGUCCAUACAGACUCUUUCCUUUUUCUUUAAUGUUUUCUUCUUUUGUUUAUUUCAAUUCCAUGUACUCCCUUCAGCCCAUCAUGGGCUAAGUGUUUGAAUAAAUCUUCCAUGUCGAUCUCAUAUUUAUCUUGACAGUCUAUGCAUAUCAGAUCCUUGUUCUUCCUGUAUUCCAUGGUUAUUCCCUGCGUUUAGAUCUCUGGGUCAGAAUGGUAUCAAAGCCAAGACUAGGUGGGGAUAGGAUGUAUAUUCCGUUUAAGUUACUUAGAUCCAUGUAGAUCUCGUAGGUCAUACCAUCUAGGACCGCCUUCAUGGCUGGUAGAAACUCAUGUAGCGUUCUCCCAAUAGUGUAUUAUUGCAUAUCCUAUACAAUGAACUGAAGCUGGUAAACAUGAUAGGAAGAUGGCAUAGAUCACAAACUCUUUAGGCUUCUGGACUAAACCACAAUGAACUGAUGCUCACAAAAGAAGUAGUGCAAUAGGCUCUAAUGUCCAUCCAGUCGCUCUAAUGGACCCUACACAUUCACCGUU